AUGAGGGACAUGGCCAAUGCCCAAUGUCUUGCCGUGGAGAUGGAAAAUUACUCGAAUUCGUUCCUAAAUGCAAUUCUUUUUUGGCCUGAGGAGAAGCAUGAUGACCUUUUGCUCCUCGCUCCGGAAGAGCAAUUGUGCGGACUAGUAUGA